CAAGUAUAACAAUAUUUGUUACAAUUUGAUCUUGACUGAUAAUUGCCCGCAGGUUGUUAUUUUGAGGAAAAUGUUGUUUAAUUUCACCAUCGACAAGCAAGUAAAACAACAAUGGUCACAUCAUCUGGUAUUAGCCAUCCUGAUUCAGAUGGUAACAGUAGCACAAUCAUUUCCAGAAAAUUCCGUAUUGCAAAUAACAGCUGACUGUUCUUCACUAAAUGAUAAUGCACCAGUUAUAACUGUGAUAUCAGAUCUGAAUAUAUCGCCUUCAGCGUGGUGUGUAAACUCAGAGGUCCCAGUGUCCUUCACUACUGAUGAUGAUGUUCACUAUAAACUACGCGGUACUUUUACAGUUACAACCAACACCAGCAUUUGUCAAUUCUAUAAACGAAACAACGUAGACAUAUACGCAAUAAAAAUUAUCGUUCCGUGGGGUGAAGACAAUAGUCAUGUACACACACAUAAAGAAAAGAAAGUGGUAACGUGUGUUUUUGGUGAUUAUGGUACAGAACAAACCGAGGAAACGGACCUAAGGAAAAGUGACAUGGCGCCUAAACAAAUUAUGGUAAAUACUGGUAAUAAACUAGCAGAUGGAGAGUUUGAUUUAGAAGUUAUCAAUGUUUUAAGAGAACCUUAUGUUGGUGCUAUUCCACAGGGCAGAAAGGUCGCUUUAAAGGCAACUGCUACAAAUGCCGCGGGGUUACAUGUGAUUGGAUGUGAAGCUAAACCUAGCAGUGAUUCAAGUAUCGGUUACUCCAUUAUCAGAGCUGGAUGCGGAGAUGGUCGUAUAAUAAAGAAUGAUAGAGGAUUUGUGACGACAGGAGCAGUAGCAAUCAGUCCUUUCUUUGAAAUGUUUCAAAUGGAUUUCUAUACAACCAUACAAUUUCACUGUAACGUGACUGCAUGCGAUGAAGAGUGUAAUGGGAAUUCAUGUGCACUGGUUGCAUCACGAAGAAAAAGAGCAACAGAUGUACAAGUCGUCACUGUGAAAAGUAAUGAUGUUAAGAUAAUAUCUGAUAAAGAAAAUUAAAAUAUGCCUCUUAAGUUGUUCAUUUCAUUCUCAUCGUUCCUGUAAUAUGCUACAAUGUUUAACUAUUUACUAUAGUGACCCCCCAUCCAUUGGAUAUGUGUCCUUGCAACCUCAGAUAAUGGUAAAAUGCACCGAUUAUAUGACGAAAUAAACUAAAUUUGUUGGUC